AUGCAUGCUGCCAUUGCCUUGUCAGAGUCACUUCUCUUUCAUGUGCUUAGUGGAAAGUGUAACUUGAGUACUGAGAGUCACCAGCAGGAGAAAAAACAAAACAUUCUAGAGAAAAUUGUUUCCAACUGGAGGUCAAAGCUAAGACAUUCUCUUCCUGUGGCACCUAUUGUAAAAACUGUCCGUAAGCCUUACAGUGAUGUAUACAACUCCCUGGAUAAAAUGUUGGCCAGUUUGGAAUCUCUUUGGAUCAAUCCAGACUCUAUUUCACCAUUUCCUGUUGUUCGCAAAAAUAAAGUGAAACAGAACCGUCUGUCUGAAUUCCUUUACAAUAUUUCGGUUUACUUGCAAAACCAAGAAUCCCAAGAGCAGGAGGCAGAAACUUGGGAGAGCCUCCUUCACCAGCUCUUCCAGGUUCCAGUAGAGAGAUCUCCUACGCUACCACUUGUGAAUCUUCAGGAUUUCCUUGUCUCUCUAAGAGCAAGUCAAAACUGGAGUACACUGUUAAACUUGAUACAGAUCAUUGUUAAGGUGAUCAGUAGCAGCAAUGCUGCUCUCCAGCUUUUAAGCCAGAACUGGGAGAUGAUCACUGGGUUGCUUGAUACUCUGUUUCAAGCUUUGCUUAGUGGAACCCUGACCCAGACUAGUACAGCACUGCAAGGGGUCUUGUGUUCCCUUAUGGGUCACAGUAAUUGUGGCUUUAACCCUAACCAGUUACAGAAGAUUCUGUUGCACUUUGAGGCUAAUAACUGGAAACCAAUAAUAAACAUACAAUCAGGAAGCUCUGCACCAUCACAUGAGAAAUACAGACCACUGAGCAUGCUCCCUGGGUCUUUUAAAGAUAAGCAUCCCAACUUUACCAGAAUAAAUUCAAGCUUGAAUCCACCAGAGGUUCAAAAUGUCUUGGAGAUAUUCUACCGAUCCAGGAAUAAAGAAAAAGAAAUUAAACCUAGUACUUCUAAUGAGGGGCCAGAUUAUGUUGUCUGGAAGGUACUAGAAGACCUGCGCCAAAGCCUCUUGCAAAGAAUGGAAAGGUCUGCCUAUGAUACCUUGAACAGGAAAGUGUCCCGCAUGACAGGAUCACUGAUGAGUAAGGUCUCUUCUGUAAUAGGUGUGCCUCAGUAUGAUAAGAAUGGAAAGUGUUUUGUAGGGAAUAUACAGCAGCUGCUCUUAUGGGGAAUAAAACAUAAUAUUACUUGGAACAUCAAGUCAGUUGAUUUGACAUCCACGAACUUUCCACCUGAUCCUCCAAUUUUCACAUGCAGUAGAUCAGCUGGCAUUCUUGAUCAAAGUGAAGGCAAAGCUCACCAUAUUGAUAAGAGGUCAGAGCUCAGUGUUAAGGAAGAACCUCAUUUUUAUUCAGAAGUUCUGGAGGCUGUAUGUAAUGACACCAUUCCAGGCUUGCCUGGUGUUUCUAACUUUACCAUUUUCCUGUAUUGCAAUAUUUACAAUGAAACUGGGUAUUCAGUUCAGUCUACGUAUGACCUAAAAGCUGCCUGUGCAGAUGCAGCUUGGUACUUGUCCUCAAUGGAAGAAGAUUCAUUUUGGGUGUGGGUGUGCAGAGAAUAUUUUCCACUCGAGUUUAAUGUCACUGUAUGCAGAAAUGCUAGUUUGGUAAGGAGCAGUCUUAGCUCUUCGUUGAUGAGUGAUUUAUGCAGCAAUAUAUCCAGCAGCUCUGAUGCUGUGAGAGAGCUAAGGAACAGUAUCAGGUGCUCUGAUGUGUGGCAGGGAACAUCCAUGAAUCCAAAGACUUUGAAGACUUGCCUUUUUGAAAAUAAAACCAUUUGGGUGGAAAGGUUGUGCAAUAAUGAUACAUUUUCAGCCGUGGCAGAGGAUACCAAAGUUUCCAUUUCAAAGUUCUGUUCCCACCACUCUUUAAAAUCAAAUGAACACAAUAGGACCAUUUCUUCAUGCCAAUAUAAGACAUGGGGCCAAAGUGAAUUCAGAAAUGCCACUUUGGUGGAAGAAUGCAGAGGUAUAAACGUUCAAGAAUUUGUAGAAAAUGUUUGUCAAAAUAUUACACUGUAUGGCUAUUUAAAACCGACUUCUCAAUGGAUUGCUGAAUUCUGUAGGGAAAAAAACUCAUCAGAAGAUGGGAAAUGCUUCCUUCAGAGACUAGCAGACAUGCUUCCACUUUCCAGAAGCUUUGAUUUAUCUCAGCUUUGCAAAAAUCCCAUUUCAUACAUUCUAAGACUUGUCUCUCAGCUCUCUCAGUGUGACAGUGAGUCUGCUGGCUGGGCAUUAAAUGUACAUUACCUCCUGAAGAUCCUGGAUUUUUUGUUUACACUCUCUGACUUGGAUCAGAUAGGUAAGGGAACAAGGGAUAGACUGGGAGAAGCAAUCCUGCUUUCUAGCCUUCUGGAUAAUAGCUCUUUUUGGGCUUCUUUCAAGAUGAAUUCAUCCCUGAGCAUCAUUCAAGAUGUGGAAUGGUACCUGGAGCAAGAGAACAAUGGCUCUGAUAAGGAAGAUCUCCUGAGUUGCUUCAGUCCAGUUCUGUGGGAGCUCAUGCAAAAAGAAGACAAUGUGACUGCUUUUCAGAUCCUUCUUCAGGAAUACCUGCAAAUGCCUCGAGAAGGCUUCCAGAAAGUUCUGAUGUCAGCAGAGAAUGAUGCAAUGGAACAUUUUCUGUCACUGAUGCAUCGCUCUUGGCCUCAGAUUAAGGUGUCAAAAGCAAAUGGGAAAGGACUGGAGGCUUUGACAUCUAUGGUUAUCCAAAAAUUCCCGAUUUUAACACCUAAGAUAUUCAUAGACCUUGCCCAGUUUAUUCCAUUUAUGUCCGUGUCUGACAUUGUCAACUUUCCACCGUCACUGCUGGCCAAUCAAAGUGUAUUAGAUGCAAUCAGAAUCUACAGUCCAGACAUGAAGCUUGCACAAAAGCGGGCAUUUGCAAAGCGCCUCAUGCAAGCCAACAUGUUCGGUGAUAUCUCUUCGUGGCCACCAUAUUUCCUGAGGUCCAUUCAGCCACUGCUCCCUUAUCUGCCCUUUUGCCACUUUGUUCAGCUCACCCCAGAUCAAAUUAAGUUGCUGGCAGAUGGUUGGAAUGAUGUGAAGCUAGAGAUGGUUCAGGGGCGGCAUGUGGCACUGAGCCUUAUGAAUACAAGCAGGGAUAACACUGAGGAUCAGCUCCAAAGUCUUGGGAGUUUCAGUUGUUACCUUACAUAUGAAGAUCUAGAAGACAUUCUUCCACUCCAGUACCCACUAAGACAAUUGGAGAAGAAUCUUCUAGAAUGCAUAAAUGAAGGAAUAAUAUCACCUUUUGGGCGGGUGGCUUAUGCACUGGUGGAUUUGCUGAAAAGGGUAAAUGUGCACGCCAUGGACCACAGUGAGCUGAUCAGUUUGAGAGGAUUGUUGCCAGAGUUGGGUGUUGGUUUCUUCCAAAGACUUACAGACUCACAGGUGGUUGGUUUACUUCCAAAGCUUCAUACAGAAGAUCUCUCGGCAGCCCAGGCACUUUUCACACUACUGAAGCACAUCACACCCAAAAAGAAUGUUGCAGAGCUGGUGAUUUGUAGAUAUCACUCCCUGAUUCCUGCUCUUGGCCCUGAGCUACUGAGUUCUCUCUCUCCUUCUCUUCUGAACAAAGCCUGCCAAUGUCUGAGGCCAUCACUCUCCCUGCUGUCAGCUCCACAGAAAGCAGCUCUGAUGCAGACUCUGCGGAGAUACACACAUGAAAGGGAAAUCUGGCCCCUUCAUUUGGCUUGUCUCCUCCCGCUCGCACCACUCAAGCUCCUACAUUUAGAUACACAGAUGUUGCUGAGGAACAUGAGUCUUUAUGGAGAACUGGCCUGGAUGCCUCAGCAGACCCAGUUCCUUUGGAAGAAAAUUCAAACUGGUUCAAAUCUAACUAAAUCCACAAUCCUUACCCUUGGCAGUCUUGCUAAUGGGAUCGAAUGUGACAUCCUGCAGCAACUGAACACCAUUGCUGAAAUCAGAGAGGUGGCCAUAUAUCUCCAUGGGAUUCCCAGUGGCCUGCACAAAGGCCUUAGGAAGUGCAUCCUAGAAGAACUUCAGAGGCGACCUGGCAUAUCCUGGGAGGACACAGCAUGGCUUGGACCAGAAUUUAUCUCUGACUUACCUGUGAAGCUAAUUGGCAGUCUUUCUAAUGAAUCAAUGAAGCAGUUCUUAGAACAUGUCCAUAAACACCCGAGAAGUUUCUUUGAACUUCCACUUCAUAAGAAAACUGCACUGACCCAACGAGCGCUAAAUGUUUUGCAAAACCAUGUGAAUGGAGAGAUUAAUGUGGAAGAGCUGAAUCUGCUGGGGCCUUUGAUUGGAUAUGUGGGAGAAGAAAACGUUGCACACAUUAACAGGAGACACUUGCUGCUUAACCUGGAGGAACUGGCUUCAUAUUGCCUUUCUGAUGAGUUCAUAAGCCAACUGGGCAACAUGCUAACAGAAGAGGACAUGCUUGGGCAUCCCACACAGUGGACAAGGACUGAUAUAGAAGCUGCAGGAAGGCUGAUCUUCUAUCUUACAACUGAAAAUAUGAAUUUGCUGCCCAAGGAAAUGUUGUCCCGGGAUACACUAGAAUGGCUUUUGGAGAGUCAAAGGCUGUGGGAGGAGAGCGAGAUGGGGACAAUAUGUACAAAGCAAAGCGCAAUUCUUCAGGACAAAUUAAGAAGGAACAAAGUCAUCUUAACGUCUUCCAUGUCAAGAACCCGCUUUAGAGGCAAUCGAGAACCCAUUCCUACCUGUGCGGAUAUGAGAGUGACCUUCCCCUCGGCAUGGACUGCUGCUCAGAUCACUGGCAUGGCUGCCUCUGAAUUUGAAGACUGUCUGGGGUUGAUUUGUCGAGAUACUGAGCUCACAGGUGAACAGGCCAGGGCUGCGCUGGCAAAAAUAAAGCAGCUGUUUGGUCCCGUGAAAACCAUGAGCCCAGUUCUGAUCCUACAGAUGGGCAACCUACCCAUGCACAUUAAUGAUAAAGAACUGCAAGAAAUGGAGAUCCCAGACUGGGGAGUAGUAUCAUACCUCAGCCACAUGGAAAACUGGACUCCCAAACAGAUGAGGAUAUUGGUAUCGAGCAUUCUCCGUCAGACAAGAAAAACUGCCUCCGACCUAGAUCUAACUGAGCUGACAGCACUGGGACACCUUAUUUGUGGACUUGGAGUAGAAGACUUAAAGAAAAUAAACACGCGUGAGUUCAGUCAGGCAGCAGUAUUUGUGGGUACACUCAAACUGAAAUGUUCUGAGACUCAGCUGGAAACCCUGGCGGAACUCCUGACGUCCAGCUCAGCUUUUGGAGUGGUGAGCAGAUGGGGCCCUGAGAUAUUCACAGAGAUUGGAACACUCGCAGCUGGCCUUCCGGACAUUGUACUGUCUUCUGUAAUACGGGAUCAGAUAAAAGGACUAACGCCAAGUGCUAUCUCCCUUAUUCCUGCACAGAAAUUUGCUGUUGUGUUUAGUCCUGCUCAGCUUUCCGUCUUCACCAGCGAUCAGGCAGCCGCAGUGACUCCUGAGCAAUAUGACCAUCUCAACUACCAACAACGCCAGGCCAUAUCUACUGCAAAGUACGAGGGAGACGUUCAUCAGGAUCCUAGAGGAGAGAACAGUGGCACCAUUGCCUGGAGGCAGAAUCUGGCUGUGUAUUUCAUUACGAUACUCCUGAUCCUGAUGUGAUGUUCAUUCCCAGCCUUGUUGGUUGGAGUUUUAUGAGAUGUUUUUGUAAAACAAUACUUACGGGUCCAAUGUAAAUUUAUAAUAAAGCUUUCCAGGUGGAAUUACACAAAG